AUGAUGGUAGUGGAGGACGACGUCGAGUGUGUGGGGACUGAGAACGGCCGAGUGGUGAGAAAAAUCGAGGACCUGCCUCCACGCCCUCCUGGCGGUGCUGACCCACCAGCCGCCGAAAAAAAGGAAAGGAGGCGGAGCAUGGCCAGCCUCCUCCUUCUUCUACUACUGCUGGACUUGCGGACGGCCGCGUCUGCUGGUGUCGCCGGGACGCCGGCGACUUGGCGACAGGCACCGCUGGCGCCCGCCUGGCACCCGCGGCUGCGUCGUGUCGUCGCGGCGAGUCCGUGUGUUCCGUUGCUCUCAGCCGCUUGCGAAAAAAAAGGCCCGCAACAUGAGCAAUACGCACGCCGUUUCUUUGCUUUCUCACGCUUUAUUUCGAAAAAAAAGCUAAAUGAGAAAAGAAAAGAAGAAAUACAUGAAUGAAAAGGUCAAGAGUUCUAAUUUCUCUAGUUUAUAUACUGAACUUUUGAGCGUUACAAAUCACUAACAGCUUUUUGAAACAUUUAUAGGUUUAAACAAGCCCAGACUUUUUAAUAGUUAUCAGAACCUCACAAAAAAACUUCAAUAAAUAUUUAUUUAUAUUAAUUUUUUUAUUGAAGUAAAACUUUUUUUACUUCAUCGCAACAGAAAAAAAUAUGCGAGAAACAGUCCAAAAAUAAGAACCUUUUUACACGCUAUUUUCACACUUUCUCACUCUUUAUUGAAUGGAGAAAAAUCAAGUAUAACCAUUUUUUUCAAUUAUUGUGUUCUCACUGAUUUUUUUAAGCUCAAAAAUGAAGGAAAAAAACCAUAAGAUCCAUCUCAAUUUAUAUAUAAUAUAUUCAGAGAGCCAAAAAUCAUCAAAAAACUUUUUUUCGUUCGAGUUAGUUUCAACAAAACAUCGCCAUGGCUACAGACAUAUAAAAAGAACUCAUAAAAAUUGAAAACCAAGAGAUGAAGCUUCCGUUGAUGUAAAUGAGCAGCAGGGAAAUGACUAGCAAAGACCUCUUUGAAAAAUUCAAAAACUCCAACGAGAAAUUCGAAUUUUUUCAUAUUCAAGUGAGUUUGAUCUAAACUUAAAAGCGACAUCGUUUAAAUGGAAAAAAUUUUAAUUCCAAAUAUAUCUCACAAAAAACUUCUCUAUUCAUUGAAGAGGUCGACAUAGGUCCAAGAAACAACAAAAAAAAUUCCAAUUUAAAAAAAAUCAAAUCCAUCCAAGAAAAAAGUUUUCCCUUCAUUGAAAGGGAUCAUAAAGCGAUAGAAAAGUCAGAAAUAAUUCAAAGGCUGAUAACUUCGAAAAGGCAGUUUGAUUCAUAUAAUCCGAGAUUUUGAUCACUCAAACGGCAUUAGAACCAAAUAAAUUAAAAUUAAAAAUUUUUAAAAAUUUUUUUAUGGUAUUAUUCGAAAAUGAUCAGCCAUUAUAGUCUAGUCGUUUUUGGAUUUAGUCGUUCAAUAAUAGUCGUGUGGAUUAUCGAAAAUAAAAGUUUUCUGCGCAAAAUAACUUAUAAACUGCCUAAUAAAAGGUCACAUAUUUCUAAACAUCAGAAAUACAGUUCCCACACGCCGAUCAUCCAUCGAAAUAAACAUUCCAAAGAAAUGAAUCAUGUCUAAAACGGAACGAAUCGAUAGAGAACAAAAUUCGGAAAAUAUAAAAUUCACUAAAGAGAUAAAAAAGAUAAACCAAGACAAAUAGUUGAAGCUUCAGCCGCAUUGAGCUCAAAAAAAAAUUGGGAAAGUUGGAAAAAUUAAUCGUUCCGUAAAUUAAAAUCGGAAAACCAAGUUCCUAAUUCCAGUAGCUCCUGUAUAUCCAGUAUUAUCUAAACUGAUUCAGCUCUAAAUAUAAAUCUUAGAAAUAAAUCGAUGAAGAAAAAAAACCAAAAACCCACUAAAGAUAAAAUAUUUGAACAUCAGUGCGUCAGAAUGGCUCCAGGGGCAAAAAAACAACAAAAAAUCAAGCUUUGUAUGAACAAGCAGAACUCUCCAAAAACGAUAUCUACAGCUUCGAAGCCAGCUAAUCUGAAAUAACAAAUAAUCCCAAAAAAAAAAACCACAGCUCCAACAGAUCUAUCAUCUAUCAAUAACGACGCCAAGAUUGCUCCAGGACCAAAAAACCAAAAAUUUGGUUAAGAGAAAAUAAAACAUACUUUUUCAUCCUAAAUGAGCCCACACCAGAACAAAAAAAAUGAGAAAAGGAUUUUUUAAUCCAGAGAAAUAAUCACCAAAAAUCUGUACCAAAAAUAAUCAGGGUCCAACAGACUGUCAAUAAAGAAUCCAGCAUUGCUCCUGGUUCAAAAAAUAUUCGAGUAAAGGGUUGAACAGACUAUAAAAAAAACAGAACUCUCCUGAAUUGAUAUCCGGAUACCUUCAAUUUCAAAAACUAGGCUUUUUGGGAAAGCAACACGGAAAGCCGUUCCAAAAAAUAAUCACAGGUCCUACAGUUUAAUAAUUCAUCCAUAACGACGUCAGCCAGGACAAAAAAAAUCAGCUGAUUAUGAAAUGAAGCUACAAAAGAAAGUCCCCGGAUCCGAUAGCUCGAUCAGAGUCAGCCUUCAAAAUGAAGCUAAUUCUGGACUUCAAAUGCACGAAAAAUCAAAAAUCUUUUUCGAAUAUUACCACAGGUGGAAAGAUCCCAUCAUCAUACAAUAAAGAUGUCAGCAUGGCUCCAGGACCAGAUGAAUCGAAAAAAAGAAGUUCCAGCAAAGUCACUAUGUACUUGAAGCCUACGGACACUUGAAGAAAUAGUGAAACUGCCCAGAAAAAGACUCAGAUAGUUCAAACACAGCUAGCGUUGUCCCAGCUUCAAAAUCCAGCUAUUUCGGAGCUUCAGAUGCAUAAAAAAUCCCAAAUCUGUCCCAAAUAUAAUCACAGGUUCAACAGUUCAAUCAUCCAUCAAUAAAGACGUCAGCAUGGCCCCAGGACCAAAAACAUCAGCUGAUUAUGAAGAGGAGCAGCAGAGAAAAAUGGUGGGAAAAAAGGCAGAACGGAGCGUUCCUCUGCUCGGGUCUCACUCUCUGCGUCGUCUCGACGAAAAAACAGCGGCUGGAACGCCGGAGGGCAGAGACAGCCCAACGAACGCCCGAUGCCAAAAACAACGGGGUGGCCUCGGAGACCGGGCAAAAAAAAAAUGGGAGAAGAACAAGAAAGAGACAGGGGGAAAUGAAUGGUGUUCCAGGCAGGAAGUCAUUCCGACCAAUUCACUUGGAUCGAUAUCGAACUUUUUUGGGCAAGCGUCUUCCAGCCCUUCAGAGUAG